AUGUCCAGCGUCUGGAAGACGACUGGUCAUCCGUGGCCGACCUCCAGAGGCGUAGACGCAUUCAAAACCGACUCUCGCAGAGGGCACGGCGUAAGUACGAUCCAUCCUACCUGGGAUAUUGGCGUACGGAUUAACGACGGAUUUCUCGUACAAGGAGCCGAACUGCGGCGCAAAUCUCAGAUGCCAGUUCCCGGCGCUGCAGAGGAAACAACGUUGCCUGGUGAGAGUGCCUCGCAAGAUAUUAGUAUCGUGCCUAGUGAUCAACCAGGCUCGUCCGAGCCCAGCCUCGUCAGGCCAGGAGUGCUUGUGAUGCACAGUCUCAAAGCAGUCUCGGCCAUGGCUGCAAAUGCAGGCUUACUCCAGAUCUCGUGCGAAGCCGGGCCAGGCUUUAGCAUCUCGCCUUUCAUGGUGGUGCCUGAACCGUUGAGGCCAACGCCCUUGCAGGAACUCAUUCCCCAUCUUCCUUAUGUCGACGUCAUUCCCAUCCGCUCCGUGAGAGAUAAGAUCCUCAACUCGCUUGCGGCCAUCAACGAACCCCAACUGUGCCUCGAUCUUCAAGAGGAGACGAUGAUGGUGUGGGGCGAGGUCGCAUGGGACCCCCAUGGAUGGGAAGUAUCGGAGCAAUUUACGCAGCGAUGGUGGUUUCUGCUAGACGAGGAGGUGAUUCGCACGGCGAAUUUCUGGCGAAGGCAACGGGGGGAAAAGCCACUGCAGAUCGCACCAACCAGUGAUUUUAGAAUUGACGCAUUUUAG